UUGAUAACGGAACGUAGUAUGGUUAUUAGCAUUAAUACAAUUCAGUUUUUGUUGUAUUUAUGUGUGAAUGUAUUAAUUUAUAGUGAAACUUUAUUGAAUAACGUAUAUUAAUAUUUGGUUUAAAAUGUCUGCUCCAGCGGAGUUGAGUUUUGAUGAAAUCCUCAAGUUUAUGUUGGCGCACAAUGGCAAAGUCACUAACCAUGAACUUGUGAAACAUUUCAAAGUGUUUUUAAAGAAUCCAGACAUGAGAGAUGAAGCCCGGAGUACAUUUAAAAAACAUGUAAACACAUUGGCAAACAUCAAAAACCAAGACAAUGAGAAAUGGCUUAUUCUGAAAAAGAAAUAUUUACCAACCACCAAAGAAGCUGAUGAUGUUUUUGAAAGUAAAUUUACUGAGACCAAGCCAGUUACUACACCAGACCCAAUCAUGCAAACUGAAUCACAACCUGAGCCGGUUCCGUACCGACCACCCCCACCAGUGCAACUCAAUGAGGACUUCAGUAUAUUGAAUAAUUUGAUCCAAGAUCAAAACAAGCACAGAAAUGUUCAAGUAGAUUUAUCAAAUGAAUCAAAAGACAACAUUUCUGUAGUAAAUUCUCCAAUUACAAACACUCCUAUGGAGGAAGAUAUACCGCCUAAAGUAUUUCCUCGCAGAAGGUCUUCGGACAAAGCAUCUGGGGAAAAGCAUUCUAAUAGUCCCAUGCAAGGUACACGAACCUCUAUUCCAAAUCAAGAGUCUCUGACUGAAGAAUCAAUGUCCCCAACUUUGACAUCAUCUCGUAGUGAGAGUAUGCUCGUGGAAAAUGAGCAGAAAAUCUCAGUGAAGGAACGCAAACAGAUGUUCAACAGGAUGGCUUCUGAAAGUGAUGUGCUGAAAUCAAACAAACUUAGUGGCAACUUUAGUCCGCAGGGUGUAGACGAGGAGGACCGGGUGUCGAGCAAGAGUGAGAACGAGCCUCUUGACACGAAGCAAAAGCAGUGGAUUUUAUGUGCGGCCCGCGGCGAGUACCACGCUCUCGCCAAGAUGUGCAAGGAAAACAACAAGCUCGCCAAAACUAAGGAUUCGUUUACGGUAAGAUGUCAUGGAAUAUUCCCCCGGCUACAUGAAGACGGAUAAGAUUUCAUGGUCAAUUAUGUAGUAAAAAAAAAUGUUCCUGUUCUUUUAAACAAUUUUUUUUUAAAUUUUUUUAUGAUUCCAGUUAAGUUC